CCAACUUUAAAAAAAACUGUAAUUGUGGAGUCUGACUUUGCAAAAUAUAUGGGGAAGUUUGGAGAUUUUGUUCAAGGACGUAUUGAAACUUCAUUUGGAAAGAUCAGCCUGGGAGCUGGAGGGAAGGGCUAUGUGGAAAACCAGUCCUCCUUUGGAAACCUGAGGAAGCAGGAGAUUGACUUGCAGCAGCUUAUGAAAGAUGUCAAGGACAGAACGAUAAAUCUAAACAGUAGUUUACUGCAACAAGUAAUAGAAAGAAAACGUGAAGUACUGUGCAUCUUGAGAGAAAAGAUAAUAACGACUCAGAAGUGCACAAUAUCUGAACAUAUCCAGACAGAAGAAAAAAUCAGCGGUGUGAUGGGAUGCAGUACAAAAAUAGUAAAGGUUUCAGUGGGUGAAAGUGGAAGUAUGAUGAAGGAUUCUAGUGUGAUCCUUGAAAUUCCUCCUGCAACUACUAUUGCCUACGGUGUAAUUGAACUGUUUAUAAAGCACAGUGGCCAGUUUGAAUUCUGUCUACUAGAUGAACAGCAAGGAGGUUUUGAAAAAGAGAGCACAGAAGGCUCAACUUAUCCCCAUUCGGCACUGUUCAGAGAUACUUCAUUUCUCUAUCAGCCAGAUGCUGUUGAUAAUGAGAUGUACUCUGCGGCUAAAAACCUCAUUCCUAGUGAUGCUUCUUUAAGUGUAUUGAAACAAGAUCUGUCACGGUUGAAGCCUCAGUUCCAGCCCUUUGUGAAGCUGCCGAAAGACAAGCAAAGAGCUUUAUAUAAAACCCUUUGUGAACUCUUGCUCCAUGAAGAAAUGGUAACUGCCCUGGAGGACGUGUUAGAUGACAUCUGCACAGGAGACAAGCCAGAUCUGAAGGAGUUAAAGCCUGCACAACAAGGAAAGCUCAUUGACUUCUUGCAGCUCUUAGGGUGCAGUUUAGAGAGUGAGCUGUUGCAGAAAUAUCAGCCUCAGGAUGAAGAACUCUUCUCAGCUGCUCACCUCCUCAUCAGUGCUAUCUCUGAGCUGUCUGAUUAUACUCUUGUCCUGCUGCGUGCCUGCUGUGAUCUUCAGGUUGUUCCGGCAUUGUGUUGUUUGCCUGACGUCACUUCAGCCGAUGGCACUGUGGCACUGAGCAGUCCUUCGGUGGCUACUCUCACUGACAGAGGAAGAUUUGAUGUCGUGCAAAGGCUGUUUGCUUCAUCAAACAUUAACCUGGAAAUGACAGAGUCUUCUGUAAAAGCUGUAACUAUGAAAGAACCUAGAUUCUUCCCACUUGUUCUUUAUGUUGCAUUGUAUGGAUUUUAUGCUUUAGGUGGGAAUCUCUGCAGAGUAUCGUUGGUGUGUAGAGCCACUCGGUUGCGUACUUACGGCAGUCCAGCCAGGCAUUACAGAGGUCAGGGUGGACUCGACGUGCUGGGGAUGGAGAUUAGUCUUUUGCUUCAGCUAAAUCCACUGAACAGGUCCAGGCUGAGGAGUGUAGCGGUUGCUGACAGAGCCAAGGUGGGGGCAGCGGAGGGGCUGGCAGUGUUUGUGGUACUGGCUUGGCUGACAGUAACGACAGCCCAGGAGGGUGAAGGUACCGUGCGGUCUUGUAACCCUCAGGUGGGUGGGAGCUCAGGGAAGUGUUGCAUGAGGCACCACUGCUGCGAGGCCGCAUUUCUGUGUGGUACCCCACCUCCUGCGCAGGCCCAGCACCCCUGCCCUGUGCCUGAGGUGGGAGCAGGGGAGGGGGCAGAUGCCCAGAAAGGAGGGGUUGCAAGGGUGGCAGCACCGGGGCCUCUGCUGAGGGGGACAGAGGCAGGAGUCGGGGCAGCCUUGGACUCGCGCAACAUGAGAGACUUUGGGCAAACAGCGGUGUGCCCCAGAGACCCCACGCUUCUACCAGUCAUCCAGAUCGUUUGGGUCUCUUGGCUCCUUGCCUCAUCUGCUGCCGUACCUUUAGGAUUGAUCAGUGUGUCUGCAGAAGUCAUUGGCUGCACUUCAGUCUUGGCUUUUGUUCUUUUAUGUGCUCUUUGCGCGCGUUUCCCAGCUGUCCUCCAUUUGGCAGCACUUCUGUGA